AUUUUUCUUCGACGACAAUAAAAGAUUGGUGAUCUGGCUCCCUCCCUCCCUCCCAUAAGAAACGCAUCCCUCGUGAAAUUCUUGAAAUUUCUAAGCGCCAAAUUGCUGGCGCCAAAAACUUCGCGCCACUUGCUCAAUACCCGCCACACCACCUUCUUUAUAACCCCCUUCUCAAAAAUAAAAUCCCAUUUCCAAAAUUUCAUUGUUUCUUCUGCCCUCCAUCUGUUUGUGAAAAUUCCCAAAAUAUAUUCCAAAACUUUCUCAUAGCAUUUCAGCCCUAUUUCCGCAGCCAUGGUGCAAAAGCUCAAGCUUGCUAGCCCAGUCAAGUUCUACGGCAACAGCCUCCCCCGCCCCCGGAUCUACACCGACGUCAAGUUCAACGACCACCGAGUCGAUCCGCCUGUUGCCGUCCUCGACCCUCUGCUCUGGUGGGCCAACGAAGCUCACUGGUCCAUGGGCGGCCUCAGUUUCAAGCGCAUAAGGCUCCAGGGCCGUAUUGAAGGCAACGUCGGCAGGCUCCGCGUGCAGCGCGAGAAGACCGAGAGGAAGAGGCAAAAACUCGAGAAAUCCGCAAAUGGGUCGGCCUCAAAUCAGUCCAAUAGCAAGAGGGCUGCCUCCGAUUCGCCUCCUCCGGCUCCGAUUGCGACGAAGCGCCGGAGAUUCUUGGAUCUGAUCGAUGAAGAUGAUGAAGAUGGUAACGAUGCGGAUGAGAUGGAGCAUGAGGUUGAGGCUGUGAAGGGGAAGAGGCUCGUGAAGAAUCUAGCGGAUGCGUUUGAUAAGGUGGCUAUGGAGGGCGAGGGAGGCAACAGCCUGGGCCCAUCGAAGGGUUUGGGUGGUGAAUCUGAGGGAAUUGCAACAAGAACUCGGAGUCGGAGAUCGGAGGAAGAUGAGGCUGCAGAGACUGUAUUGAAGGUGGCAGAGGAGGUAAAUAAGUUGAGUUUCAAGGACAAAAAGUUGAAGGGCAAAAGCAAGGGAAAAGAGAACAAGCAGCAGACCGGGUCUAGCAAUGUAAAUGGGACUAGGACUUCGCCCAGAUUGGCAAACCGUAGCUGAAUGUUGGUGUAGGCAGUCAGAUCUGCAGUUUAAUUUUUCUUCUUUUUUGUUGUAGUUUCUUGCCUUUUUCAGAAAAAAAAAGGGCUCUAUAUACAUAUCUCUUGGUGUUGAAUUGCAGAGCGGAAUUUAUGUUUAA